ACUAAAACUCCCAGGUGUCCUUAUUUCGGAGUCACAUCCCAUUCUACAACUUUAGACACGUAUUCAUUGGAUGGUCGCAAAUCGACCCGCAUUCGUUAAUUGAGUUCAAGGAGUGCAUACGAGACAAUGGAGAGCAUCCAACUUGCCCAGAUGUUGGCCGAUCUUAGCGAUCUAAAUGCGGCUCAAGAAUCACAGGCCGCACUUGCGGUCGUCAACGCAAACAAGAGCGCCAGCCAGCCCGCUCCGGAACUGUCCCAUCAUCUGAAACCAUCAACCGAGCAGCCUCCCAUCCACCCUAAUCAACAUCAACUCCAUCACCAACGUGUCGCUUCCGCAACCUCCCUACUCUCUAGGACGGCCUCGCCCGCCAGGUAUGACAAAUACGGCCGUCCCCUUACGACUCCCCCCAUGACCCGUACGCACUCGAACCAUGGGUCCAUUCCCGGCACUCCACGAAGAGAAUCUGAGCCCGAAGAUGACGUUGACCGAGCGCAUUCCCUGAUGGCAUUAUACGAGAUUCGUACAAAGUUGAAGCAGCAAGACACCACAAGCAUCGAUAAACUCAGAGACAAGAUAACCGCAUUGCAAUCCCGCUACCAAACGGAGAAGAAAGAUGGCGCAGAUGCCAAAAUAAGUCGUUUCAUCUAUCCCAAGGCCCAAUCGCCGCCACCCUCGUGAACACACCAUGUAGCAAGGUUCCCUUCCGCAAACUCAUCUUUCUUCUUCUUCU